GUCCCAGCAAGUCCUGUGCGCACCAGACGUUUCCGUCAUCCCCUCCCACUACCCACCAUCUUAGGCUUUUAGUCUUUAAACCACUCUUCGGUGUCAUCGACUGCCCUUAUCUUCGUCAACAUCAAAACACCAUCAUGACUUCGACCGCCAAGCGCACCGAGAAGCUCACCGCUCUCCCUAGCCUUUCUUGCUCCCUCUCGAGUCUCCCUCAGGCUACCAGCCUCGACGGCAUCUCGCUUCAUCACAGCAUGUUUGCUCAACGCGCCGCAGAGAGUGAGGCCAAGCUGAAAAAAGCCCUCUCAAAGACUGCCUCGUCUCCUCAGGCUCACAACGCCAUUCCUCCAUACAUGGUUGUCCCCCAGCCAAACCCAAGCUCGCCAGGCUCUGAGCCACCUCUUAUGAUGAAGUCAUCAAAAAUUCUCGACAUGAUUGUCUCCUGAUUCCUCGUCGCCAUGCUUUCAUGCUAUCGUACUGUAGAUUUUUUCUCUCUCCUGCAUCGCCGUCCUCUACCUCUCUCGCCUCCACUAUGCGGCACCUCAUUCA